UUUAGGUAAACAGUCAAAGACGUAACUGAAGCGCCAAAAUUCAAGAUUAUAAAGCUCAUUAACGAAAGGCUCAUCAUGGCGAAAACUCCUGAACUAGCCUCGGCUAGUUUUAUGUACACACCACCUUUAUCUGAUGAAGUCUCUACUUCUAACAGGUUUAUUUGCAACAUUUAUAAAGAAAAACCUCCUUGUUUUUGCCUCGACGACGUUGAUGAUAAUAUAAACAAAGAUAAAAAAGUAGAUUUUCUCAAAGAACUUUUAUCCAAAUCAAUGAUAAGCACAGUUUGUAAAAAAAUUUUAGAUAGUCUUGCUGAUCGUGAUUUAUUAAGAGCCUCACAUGUAAGUUCAACUUGGCGUUCAAUUAUUAGAUAUGUUGACAUUAAGUCAGGGAGAAGAAUGAAUCGAUUUUUAAAAAAGCUAAAGAGGUCACAUGAGUUUAAUAAAGAAAACAGAGAAUGCGUGAAGAAAACAACUUUACUUGGUCCAUUACGUUUGCCUUUAUUGACAUCUAAUGUAAAUGUUGAAGCAAAUACUCCUUCAAAAUUGUUAAAGGUUGAAAGUAAUACAUUUUUAAAUUCAGAUACUUUUCUUUUAACAUCUAAGGAUAAAUAUAAACAAUGCCCUGAGUGUCAGUCUCCGUCUAAAAUAUCUUAUCAAAAUGUCGGACAUUGUACCAAGUGUAAUACAGACUUUUGUAUACAUUGUUUUUAUUCAAAAGAAAAGCACUCGCCUACGUGUCAAGUUAUGGGUGGUCCAGGUACUUUAGGCUCACCUAGAAAACUGACAAAUGCAUACUGUCAUCAAUAUUCUAUAAAUGCAAAAGAUAACAAAGCUCGUUUGAAAAGACUGUGAUCUUUUAAAUAUCAACUAGCUUAAGUUAUACUUUGGUUGAUUAGUUUGAUUGGUCAUUGCCUUCAAAAAGUUUAUUGAGAAGAUAUUACACAACAACAAGAUGAGAUGAUGGCACAGCAACUAAUAGAGAA